AUGAGUUUUCGUACAUUCAAUUGGUCCCUUUUAGUUUUCUCCGGGAUUUUGGAAUUGGUUGCCCUAUACUGCCUUGUUUGCCUGCUCUACUCGCAUUGUGUGCUGGGCGGCGAAUAUGGCAUAUCUGUCUGGGCCUAUACAUAUUUUCUGCCGGUGUUCACCGCCCAGACUCUGGUCCUGAUGUUGUUUCGUAUGUGCGGCCAGACCAUUGGCUUGGAUCCAAUUGCAACUGUCUUCAACCUAAUCAGCGGCAUAAUGUGCAUUAUCCUUGCGCUCAUCCUGCUCUUUUCGAUGUGGGCUCACUGCAGCAACGAGUUUGCCAUAUUUUUCUUUGUGUCCGGAAGUUGUGGAUUGAUAGCGGGCAUUCUCCAUUUGUGUAAUGGCAUCUUGUGCCUCUUUUUUAUGCCGCCGGAAGAAGCGAAUUAUCUGAAACCCAUCAGCAAAUUGCAGAAAAAAUUGCAAAACAGUCCAAAAUCACGUUAAUGAUCAAGCAGAUGAUAUAAUUGAUUUUAAACGAAA